GCCUCCCGGAAUGCGCCGGGAUGGAAGUGCGGUGUGGGUACUGCGCAGCGCUGGGGGUCGCGGUCCCUGGUGGCUUCCUGCACGGAUGAGUGCUUGGGAUUCUACAUGUUUUUGCUGAACUUGUGAAAGAGAGACCUGGAUGGUUGAUUAACAGGAACACUGACCUGUGGGAAGGAAGCUUCAUAUCUAAAAAUAUUGGAUUUUCACCCUAGUUCAGCAGCUCUGCUGCUCACAUAAAUACAGAUGAAUGAAGACCCCAUUCGGGAAGACACCUGGCCAGCGGUCCAGAGCUGAUGCAGGCCAUGCUGGAGUCUCUGCAAACAUGAUGAAGAAGAGGACGUCUCACAAAAAACAUCGGACCAGUGUGGGACCAAGCAAGCCUGUGUCCCAGCCCCGGCGGAACAUCGUAGGCUGCAGGAUUCAGCAUGGGUGGAGAGAGGGCAACAGCCCUGUCACCCAGUGGAAGGGGACUGUCCUGGACCAGGUGCCUGUGAAUCCUUCCCUGUAUCUUAUAAAGUAUGAUGGAUUUGACUGUGUUUAUGGACUAGAACUUAAUAAAGAUGAAAGAGUUUCUGCACUUGAAGUUCUCCCUGAUAGAGUUGCCACAUCUCGGAUCAGCGACGCACACUUAGCGGACACAAUGAUUGGCAAAGCAGUGGAGCACAUGUUUGAAACAGAAGAUGGCUCUAAAGAUGAGUGGAGGGGGAUGGUCUUGGCACGGGCACCUGUCAUGAACACAUGGUUUUACAUCACCUAUGAGAAAGACCCUGUCUUGUAUAUGUACCAGCUCCUAGAUGAUUACAAAGAAGGCGACCUCCGCAUCAUGCCCGAUUCCAAUGAUUCUCCUCCAGCACAAAGGGAACCAGGAGAAGUUGUGGACAGCCUGGUAGGCAAACAAGUGGAAUAUGCCAAAGAAGAUGGCUCGAAAAAGACUGGCAUGGUCAUCCACCAAGUAGAGGCCAAACCCUCUGUCUAUUUCAUCAAGUUUGAUGAUGACUUCCAUAUUUACGUCUACGAUUUGGUGAAAACAUCCUAGAUGUCAUCACAAACUUUGCCAAAUUUGUGGAACUAUUAAAUGUAUAAUUUGCAGACAUAAAGACUCAAUUGCUUUCCAGUUUAAUGAAAGCUUAGAUGUCCCUGCGAACCCACAAUCUCUACCAGCGGAGC